GGCGUGGCGCCACAACUGCGUCCCGUGUUGCUCGUCCGUUAACUGCGUCUGUUUCUCGAGUCUCGUGUCGUCGUGGCUUCCGCCCGUUACGAAGCGACCUCUCGGCCGGCCGCGGAGUCCUCGCCACCAUGGCCCGAUACAGGCUCGUGGCCGUGAUCAAGAACCCUUCUGACGAGGACUUUCUUGUGGUACGUCAGGCUCCGCCUCCCCCGCUGCCGGAGGAGGAGUACCGAAGUUUCGUGGAUUCCGAUCUCUGGGACUUGCCAUCAGCGCCGCUGAACCCUCUGGGGGGAGAUCGCCGGUCGGAGACGGUUGUCGAGGGCGCUUGCUCCCUGUUGGAUGACCUUGAUUUGGAAAAGUUCGAUGUCGAUUCCGCCCUCGAUGAGGUUUUAUCACCAUCCUAUCUGGAAAGCCCACUCGAAGGACGAUGGUCGGUAUGGAAGUUUGUCAAAGAACCUGAAUUUGGUCCAGGACCACCUGUCAAUGUACUGUUUAUACUUGGAAUUGUAAAAUCAAAGGAAGGGAUCUUAAAAGAGUCAUGCCAGUGGUUGUCAAAAGAGAGUGCCUUGAUGUUGCUUCAGGAAGUAAAGGCAAGUGCCACACGUGUAGGGCCUUUUGUAUUCAUGGGAAUUGUUCCUGGCGUAGCAAAAGCUACCAAUGUUUCAGCAACUUGCACCUUGCAUUAUCAGGAGUACCCUCCAGGUAUCACACUUGUGCCAAUGAAGAGUAGAACUAGAGAGCCAUUUCACACUACAAAUCUGAUUGUAGUGGUGGCAGAUGAUGCAAUUAAUGAACAAAAAGAUUCUAGCUUUGUUACUUAUGGAAAUUCUCUGCUUGUUGAUCCUGGAUGCUCGUCACGUUUCCAUCCUGAUUUGGCAGAUCUUGUAGCUAAAUUGCCAAGAAAGUUAGUGGUGUUUGUCACUCAUCAUCACUAUGAUCAUGUGGAUGGUCUCUCGGUUAUCCAGAAAUGCAAUCCUGAUGCGGUUCUGUUAGCACAUGAAAACACUAGUCGUCACAUAGGAAGAGGUGAAUGGUCUCUUUGUCGCACCUUGAUAUCUGGUGGAGAGAAAAUACAAAUAGGUGAUCAUCGAUUUGAAGUUAUCUUUGCACCGGGUCACACAGAUGGUCAUCUUGCUUUGCUUCAUGUUUCUACAAACUCACUCAUUGUUGGAGAUCAUUGUGUAGGGCAAGGAAGUGCUGUUCUGGAUGUAAGAGCUGGUGGAAAUUUGAAGGAUUAUUUCCAGACAACUUACAGAUUCUUGGAUCUCUCACCACAUGUUUUAAUUCCAAUGCAUGGUAGGAUCAACCUUUGGCCAAAAUGGAUGCUUUGUGGAUACCUCAAGCACCGAAGAGACCGGGAAUUGUCCAUUUUGAAUGCCAUUGAAAAUGGAUCAAAAACUUUAUUUGAUAUAAUUUCUAAAUCAUAUGCUGAUGUGGAUAUCAAAUUUUGGCUUCCAGCUUCUUCGAAUGUAAGAAUUCAUGUGGAUCAUCUUGCCUACCAAGAGAAGCUCCCAAAGGAUUUUUCCAUUCAAAAAUUCCAAGCAUCCUGUGGGUCGCAUUUUCUCUGUCGAUGGUCGUGGACAUAUUUGAAGAGCCGAGGAAUUGUUAAAGUGAUUGGAGUUAUCGGAGCUGCAAGUUUUGCCAUUGCCUUUGCUGUAAAGGAGAAAUUCAGUGGAUGAAAUCUGAACCCCUUUGUUUUGAUCCACUCGCUUUGGUUUGAUUUCCUCGUGAACUCAUGAGGAACAGAGGAAACAAGUUAGAUAAAUGAUCUAAGAUGCACAUGAUCCUGAUUGGGAAAUUGUUUGCAGCGGAAACUAUUACAAGCUUCGAUGUGCAUUUUUCCAUUAGGUUUGUUCCUUCUUGAAUUCAACACCUUCUUAGAGGUUGAUUAGAAGCAACUCAUUGACUUUAAGCUCAUGUGGUUCUUCUCUAAAUUUUGUUUUACUAACACAACAGUGGUGUAACUUCUUUGUAAUUUGUUUUAUGCCACUUUUCGUCGACUCUUUUACGUGCCAUUUACAUGUAUGAUACAUUCAUUGCAAAGAAAGAUGUUCCAAAUGCAAUCAUA